GGUGAAAUAUAAAUAGAUCAAUAUACACGGGGGUUGACCUGGAAAUUCUCCCAAGAGAAUACGACUUGGACUGCUUUGUUUGAACUCGAAUUUUCCGGAAACGAGAAAAAUCAAAACUUUUAAGAGAUUCUCGAGAAGAUUGAACCAAAGCACUUCUAUCGUGUAUGUAAAAGAAAUAAUUCUCUUUACGAAAUGCUCUCUGCGUGUUAAUAAAUGUUCGAUCAUCAAGUAAUCAAUCGGUCAACUUUGAUUGACUCAAUAUGAUUGAUCCGUGAUCUGGACGUGUAGUGGCGUCGUAUAGUAUGAUCUUUUACUAAUCCCUGAGCCUGUGUAGAACAUCGAUGAUACAGAGUUAUUUAUGAUGAAUCUCAUUUUUGUGAUGAUUUGAUGUUAGAGACAUACAUUAAGUGGUCGGGUUGACAAGUGUGGUGGAGUGUGUGUAACAGCCUAACAGGUAAUACUUAAUGUAUGGACAUGUGGAGAAAUUAGCACAAGAGAUUAGGAAAGGUGCUGCUUGUGUUAAUAGUGUCGAUGCCAAACUUUGGCAGGUCAGUGAGACGCUCCCAGAAGAUGUGCUCUCUAAAAUGAGUGCACCUCCAAAGAGUGAUGCUCCUCUUAUCACCCCCAGCGAUCUUACCGAGGCUGAUGGCUUUGUCUUUGGCUUCCCAACAAGGUUCGGUAUGAUGGCUGCUCAGUUCAAGGCUUUCUUAAAUUCAACUGGUGGCCUCUGGAGGAUUCAGCAACUCGCCGGUAAGCCUGCCGGAAUCUUCUACAACACAGGGUCUCAAAGUGGUGAUCAAGAAACUACCGCGUUAACUGCCAUUACUCAACUGGUUCAUCACGGGAUGAUAUUUGUCUCGAUCGGGCACACGUUUGAUGCUGGUAUGUUUGUUGGAGAAGCAUUCCACUAGGGGAAGUACAUCGCCGCUAUAAGUAAGAAGCUCAAGGGACCUGCUGCUGCUUAGAGCUCUCUCUCUCUCUCUCAAAUGAUGAACUUUAUUAUUAUAUUCUUGAUUCUUUGUUUCAACAAUUUGGUAUUUUGUGAUUUUCUCGUUCUGGAUUUAUCUAACACUGAAAUGAGUUACUUCAGCUAAGCAAUAAAACCUCAUUGAUUUUA